CUUCCGGGGAGAUCUCGGCCAGUAGCGAAAAUAGAUCCGGCCGGGCGGGGUCGGGGUGGACUGUGGACCCUGCGCGGUGUUCCUCCGCGGAAGGAGGUGGGGCUUCGACUAACGGCGUUCAGAGGACCUGGGAGAAGGAGCCAGAGACGGAAUACCGAGACAGAAAACGGAGAACGGAGGCGAGGGUGGCCCUGCCAGUCUGCGUGAAGCGGCAGAUCCGGCUCUGAUGGCUGCCUUUCUCCUCCCUGGGGUCCAUUCUACACCCACCUCACACAACACCUGUUCCAUUGCUGCUGUUUUCUGACAGAUCUCAGGGAAGACCUGGGGGCCAGUGAAUUUCUGGUCACCUGGGUUGGUGGCUGAUACCUGCAUCCUGCCCAGCCCUGUCUGCGGAAGCCUCUGGAAGAGCGCACAGUGAGGACCACGAUGUCCAACCCCUUCCUGAAGCAGGUCUUCAACAAAGACAAGACCUUCCGCCCCAAGCGCAAAUUUGAGCCAGGCACCCAGCGGUUCGAGCUGCACAAGAAGGCGCAGGCCUCACUGAACGCGGGGCUGGACCUGAAGCUGGCCGUGCAGCUGCCCCCCGGCGAGGAGCUCAAUGACUGGGUGGCCGUGCACGUGGUGGACUUCUUCAACCGCGUCAACCUCAUCUACGGUACCAUCAGCGAUGACUGCACCGAGCAGUCCUGCCCGGUCAUGUCCGGCGGCCCCAAGUACGAGUACCGCUGGCAGGAUGAGCACAGGUUCCGCAAGCCCACAGCCCUGUCGGCCCCGCAGUACAUGGACCUGCUCAUGGACUGGAUCGAGGUGCAGAUCAACAACGAAGAUGUCUUCCCCACCAGCGUGGGCACGCCGUUCCCCAAGAACUUCUUGCAGGUGGUGAAGAAGAUCCUGUCCCGGCUGUUCCGCGUGUUCGUGCACGUCUACAUCCACCACUUCGACCGCAUCGCGCAGAUGGGAUCCGAGGCGCACGUCAACACAUGCUACAAGCACUUCUACUACUUCGUCAAGGAGUUUGGCCUCAUAGACACCAAGGAGCUGGAGCCGCUGAAAGAAAUGACUGCACGGAUGUGCCACUGAGAGCCUCUUGGCCCCACUGUCACUGAGGCAGUGCCAGGGGACACUCCGACUUGAUGGCCACCUCCCUGGAAUAUGGACUAUACUCUCUGCCCCAGCAGGUCACUGACCUCCCCAGUGGUCAGACAGUAACCUCUGUGCCCCCAAUGCUGCACUGGACACGGCUUGAGCCCUCUCUCUGAUUCUGAGGAGACAGCAGGCCCAGCCUCCCAGAGUCCCACAGGGGGAGGGAGACUGAACUUGAACUCUGAUUCUGUGUGCUGUGAGCAACUAGAAAAAUCCACUUUCUCUAUAAAGCACUUGGACCUGCCUGGAAGCCAGAGCUCUACCUGCCCUUCAUGGGCCUGUCCCCUAAGGCCCCUAGCACGCUUGGCCUGGGAGAGGACAGGCCACACGGGUUCUGGGUCAGCAAGACGGGAGCCCGCCUCUGCUGUGCCUUCAAGUCUCAGUUCCCUCACAGCGCGCUUCCUGCAGCCCCGUGUCUGUGUCAUGAGAGGUACAGUAUGGCCCUGGCUGCCCACCCUCUUCCUCAGUCCCCUUCUCUUCCUUCAGUUCCUCCAGAACAUCUGGCUCAUCUGCCAGGGUUUCCCAGACCCCACUUCUACACCCCAGAUUUCCUGGGGCCCCUUCACAUAUCAUAAAAGAUUGAGUUUGUAUACAAUCUCAACUGGCACCCACCUUGAGAUGUUGAGAGAAAACAGCUUUUAUCUAUAAAUAGUGAACUCACCUCCCCUCUGGACAAACACCCCUCCAUUAUGAAUAACCCAGGGUGACCCUUCCAUGGAGCCUUUUCCAGGUUUGGGGUCGUUGAACUUGGCCUUUCUUAAGGUGCCUGCCCAAUUUAUAUGAAACCCUUGAUGUGGCCCUCUGUGGCCAAGGGACCAGAGUCACAGUGCCAUCUCCCCAAAGGAUACGGGGGCCCGUGGCAUGGAAGUGACAUCGGGAAGCCACGUGCUGCUCCAGGCCCCCUGCCCUCAGGGCACCACAGUGGCAGCUCUUCCCACCCAACCCCACCUACCUCUGAGGACCUCUGGGUGCCUGGGACACCUAUAGAAUAGAGGGGCACCCCUACCCAGCACCACACAAGUGCAGUUAACACGACCUCAGCCUAGUCCUCUGGACACUCUCCAGCUUUCGGAUCCCUGGGCACACGGACCCCAGUCGAAUAUAGCGCCUUUUAAAUACAAAACCACGACCAAAUGCCAAAACCACUGUACCUCUCCCAGGUCACCGCCAGCUCUUCCCUGCAGCCAGGCCAGGUUGGGGAAGGUGGCAGGUGCUGUGUGGCGAGAAGGGGCCCCUCUCCACCCUCUUGUGCCUGUAGAUAUUCACACAUGAACAUAGAAUAAAUUGUGUCAUUUUUAUA